GUGCCUGUAGGAUCCUCUCUGCAUGCCGGAAGGGGGCGAGGGAGCGCCUGCGUCAUUCCCGCGCGCCGCGGCGCAGGCCGUAAGUUAUGGAGCCAUUGACAGUGGAGCCUGUCACCACAUGUCUCUCUCCCUCAGUGCAUGACAUGAUCUGUAAACUUGGGUUUGAAGGCAGAGAUGACUGUGACAUCAGCAGCAUCGUGGCUCAGCAUGGUGAGGUGUGCUGGAGAAAGAUCACUGGCUACGUGAGCUACCACUCUGACCAGAGUCUGGAUUACCGGGGCACCGUGAAAAUGCUCGGUCCUGUGUGUGCAGCCGUCCAUUCCCACCUCCUGACUCUGACAGAGGUGCAGUUUGAAGUUGGAUAUACACCGUGGCUUCAGUGGACAAACUUCCCAGAGUUAUUUGCUGAAAUAUUUGAUGACUUGAAAAGUCUGCAAUCUCCUGCCAUUUCUCUUGGCUUAAUGAAACUGACAUCGUGUCUGGAACGAGCCUUGGGUGACGUAUUUUUACUGGUUGGGAAGGAGUGCCCCUUUCUUUUAAGAGACCUUCUUGCCUCCAAGGAGCUUGCACAAGUGUUUGGGCAGUCGGUGAUGAAUGUACUAAAAGUCUUCCUUGGCUCUCCACGGGGUCUCAACCUGCGUAAUAUCUUAUGGCAUGGAUUUGUGUCGCCACAAGAAAUUCCUCCUAAAUACUGUUCGAUGAUGGUCCUGUUGACAGCAGGACUAGGCCAGUUACUGGAGAAUUACCUUCAACAAACAAAGUUGACAUUCACACACCGGUCUGCUGUGACUCUUACAAACUUUGAAGAUUUGAUCGUUUUUCCUGAUGUAACUUACGAGAUGCUUUUGGUAUUAGAAGAAGUGAUGACAAAGUCCACUUUCAUAUUAGAAAUCAUGUCACCCUAUUGGGAAAUUGCAGUGACCACGUUCAAGGCACACAGGUUUGCUGACUGUGCCAUGUUGUUACUGACACAACUAGAGACUGGACUCAGGAGAGUUUUCACCACAGUUAACAAAUGCCCACAGAGACUCCUGACUGCCGAGUCAACAGCUCUUUAUACCACCUUCGAUGAAAUUUUGGCGAAACACUUGAACGAUGGUAAAAUCAAUCAGCUUCCUCUUUUCCUUGGAGAGCCUGCUAUGGAAUUUCUCUGGGAUUUCCUGAACCAUCAGGAGGGUCCCCGUAUAAGAGACCGUUUAAGCCACGGGGAGAUUAACUUGCGUGACUUUCCAAAGGAGGUGACAAACCAGCUGCUUGCCUUCUCCCUUGUCCUCUUACUCAGAUUCGUUGAUGAAGAUCUGUUGUUAGUUCUUCAGGUAAAAGCAGAAAUAAAGUUGCUGAUUGGUCUUACAGAAGGCUAUGUGUCUCGUUGCCAUCCGGUUUCUCAGCUUAAAAAGCAGGUGCUGCGCUGUGAGGAGAGCAUUGGAGCUUGGCCCCUGCUGCUGGGUCCUGAGGAGCCUGUCCAAGAGCCCAGAUUGGUAGAUAAUUCUGAAACAAACGCCUGCCACUCCUUAAUUACAAAGAUCAUGUGUGAGCUCCAUCAGCAUGUGCCCGAGAGCCCUCACACUCUCAGUAAGGCGGGUAAACUCCCUGCUGAGAGGUGGCCCCAGGUGCUGGGUAGACUCUGCAGCACACCCAUCCCCACACUGUUCUGCCCAAGGGCUGUCCUGGAGGUGGUGGCCGUGCUCCGGCGCAUCAGCGCACAGUGCCAGCAGGUGUCUAGCCAGGUCAUUCUCUCCUUGGAGCUGAGGCACCGGAAGUGGGUGGAGAGGACUCUGCGGUCCCGCCAGCGGCAGAACUACCUGCGCAUGCUCAGCAGUGUUAGGCUUCUGUCUCCCAUGCUUUCCCUGAUCUUACUGCUCAUCACACUGGAAUUGGUCAACGUUCAUGUCGUUGGUGGGAAACCUGCCUGUGAGUCUCAGCAGUACCUGAAGUUCUUGAAGUGGAUCUUGCAGUAUACAGAGAACCUCGUGGCUUACACCAGCUGUGAGAAGAACAAGUGGCAUGAGACUGUCAGCCUCACAUACACAGCACUGUCGAAAAUUUGGACUUUUAGUGAGAAGAAGCAAAUGUUGACACAAUUAGCCAAAAAAUCCACAAAUAUAUAGUCUUAUGAAAACACUAAGUCAGGAUCUUUUGGUUAUAACAGAAAACCCAAUUUAAAUAGAUUUUGGCACUGUGAAUUGAAAAUCCCAGAGUGGGGUAGACAGCAGGGCCUUUUGACCGGGGUUCAAGUCUCGUGUCUACAGCUUCUCAUUUGCUUCUCCUGGCUCGUUGGUGUGGGUGGACGUCAGGCUGGCUCCAUCUCCCCGAGACACGCCGUUCAGGUGCUCCUCACCCCUUACCAAGAAAGGCAUGGCUUCCCUUGUCCUGGCCACACUCCAGCUUUGGAAAACCCUGCCUUGCUUUCUCUGGCCCAGGCAGACAUCCAGCCCCAGACCAGCCACCAGGGCAGGGAGUGCAGGGCUGGGUGACUGGCAUGGGCGGUCAUGAUGCCUCUGGAGCUGAGGAUGAAGUUGAUGCAGCCCAAGCCCCUUGGUCAACUCUGAGAACAGCAGCUCCUGAGAGGCGAAGUGACAGGUGCUGGCAGGGAACUCAGAACCCCUGGUAUUUCUAGAUGUGGGGUUUAAGCAGGAAUGAGGGAAUUGGAGGAAAGGGCUGGGAAGCCACCACACAAACUUGCAGUGCUCCCGGGGGUUGAGGAGGACGGACCUCCAGGUAUUGCUGCAGAGCCUCUGAGCCAGUCCAGAGGAGCUCUUUGGUGCUUCCCAAAGUCUAGACACCCCCUCCCAUCCUCAGUAACCUGGCUCCUUUAGAGGAAGGAUCAAAGAGAGGUUUGUGUGUGUGUGGCAGCGUCCCAGGCCCUGGGAGGUGGGAGGGGUACACUUCUGACUGCAGGGACCAGCCGCAGUGAAGCCUUAGUACCCUAGGCCCAGAGUUGUCUUGCUUACACAGUCACCUCUUACAGGAUGCCCACCUGUCUCAGGCCCGGACACCAUGGUCAGUUGGCCACUAUCAAAGGUCUGAGCAGGAAGCAGCAGACAGGGGAGACCUGGAGCGUGAAGCCUCAGCUGUCCCUCCUGAGGCCAGGCGGCCAGGCUCUCAUGGGCUCUGAGAUUCCCUGAGGAGCCCUGAGGGAUCUGUCACUUGGAGCCAGGAGAUGCCACCUUAAGAGCCAGCACAGGGGAGGGCGAUGGAGAUGUGACUGCCAGGGUGGGGACGUGGCAGGAGAUGGGCACAGCUCACUGGCUUCCUGGUGAGUUCCUUAACUCCUGGCAGCUUGGUCCCUUGUCUGAAAUGUGGCAAUGAUGGUAGCUGCUCAGCUGCUGGAAGGAUGGCAAGGGGGUGCGGCCCCACACCUAGUGGAAUGCCAACAACCAUCAGUUCUCCCAGAUUGUUCUUGGACAAAUAUCAGGCCUUUUGUGUGACCAGAGAAGGUUCUCCACGUCCUCAGAGUAUAGCCAAGUCCCCAACUUGCAGCCUCAGAAUCUCUGCGCAUCUGAGGCAGACAAACGGGUGGGGUUGGGCUGGAGCGUCCCUUUCUCAGGAGCCUUCACGCUGUGACAGGGCGCACACCUGUGGCAGAGCCUCCAUCUGCCCCGGGCCCUGUUGUAGGCAUGUCCUGGGGUUAGGGAAGCUGUGCGUGUCAAGGCUGGGAUGGAAACGUGGCUCAGCGCUUGUCGGUUUCCAGGCCACUGAGUGGACAUCAUGGUAAAGACUGGCUUCUCACUUUGUUUUUCCAGCAAUUUGACAAAGAAGUUACUUUUCUAUUUGCCCAUAAUUAUUUAAUUGAUGCUUUUUUACUGUUACAAAGGGCAAGUAAGGCAUCAAAGCUAUACAGAGGAAACUCCAAGUGUGAGGGACACUGCCCCACUUUAGACCUUAGGAGGCAGUGAGCAUCUGAUGGAUCUUCAGGGAGACAGACCAGCAGAGGAGAAACACAGGUGGUGAGGUGCGGAGUCUGCUUCAGCCGACACAGAGGCUGCGCAGAGUCGAGAUUUCAUGUCUUCAGAGAUUAUAAGGUCUCCAGGAAAAGAGGUGGGGAAAGAACCUGUUCUUCAGAGAUUUUUACUAGGGUCACAGAGUGAGAGUGGAAUAGUUAAAAAGAGCCACUGGUGGAGGUGAGUGGGGUAGGGAUAAUUUCACAGCAUUACCAUUUAUGGAACCGCAGCUGCUGUGAGCCAGGAGCCCACUCAGCUCUCAUGAACAAUUCCUAAUCUUGUGGUAACCCUGGCGUUAGGAUUAUCCCAGUUCACAGGGGAGGGCACCAGGCAGCACAGCCCACGUACCAGAUCGUAAGAGGACCAGUGCAGCCAGGCUCCGGGGUCGGGGCGUUUCUGGCAUUUCCCCUUCCCGCCUUCCUCUUUGCACAAAGGGUCGAGUGAGAACAACUCGGGAGCUUACAGGUUCCCAGUGAGGGUUAGAGAACAAGGAGAUUCAGGUCAAAGCUGGGUAUUUAUAAGUUUCACAGGAGAAUUAUUAGCUCCUGACUCGUAGGAUUUCCAGGGAAUAGAAAAGAAGACAUGCCACAGUGGGAGAGGACUUUUUUCCCCAGCUUAGG